AUGCCUCUCUGCAACGAUUUGAACUCACUUGUUCUAUUGACUCUGAUCCUUGCCUGCUCAAUCAUCAAGUCACUCCCCAAGUUCAAACUUGUUCUUUCCAUUUUUGCAUUCUAUGGUCCAGAAAAAAGCUCAAUGGAGUCCUGCUGUCGUUGGAUCCAUGCAGAAGAGAAGUAUGGGGGCCCCAGCGUCCGACGUUGGCCUCACUGCAAAGGUGGUCCUUUCGUUACUACAUUGGCCUUGGCAUGGCUUCGGGCUUUACGUUUGGGUUCAUGCCAGGAGGUUUGGAUCCCAGCCAGAGUGCAACGCGGCUACCAAAUUGAUAGUCUUUGGAAGGGAGCUAUCAGCGAUUGGUUCGGGGCAUGUGGUAUCCCUUGGACUGUUGAUGACACUACUCCUGAAGUUUUCUUUGGUAUCAGUGCUACAGUGGUUCUAAGUGUCCCGGUAAUUACACUCGCAGGAGUUGGUUUUCUCUUGGUAUUCUUGAUCAAAGCCUUCCAUCCGCUCAUUGGCUCGUACCGCCUUUCAGCUGGCCCUCGCACUUCCUUCAUCAAUAUCCUCUUCGUCAAUAUCUACAUCACGUUCUGUUUUGUUGUCCAAUGGAUUUAUGUGGUUGUGACUAUCGAGCAAACUAUUCAGCGGAAUCCAGUCAUCCAUAAUGGCCCACGGUUUCCAAUUACAUUUGGCCAGAUUUUCCCGGUCGUAACAAUUGGUGCUUGCCUUGUCUCUAUUUAUAAUGAUCUACAAGAGUCUUGA